CAACAUAAAGGCUUACACCCAGCUUUGGGCCUAAUUAGUUCACUUAGGGCCCUUUAUAAAGAGCUGGUAGGGAGACUGGAAGGGACAGACACUCACUGAGAAGUCACCAGAUCAACAGGAUAGCAGCAGCAGCAGCAGCCGUGGAUCCCUAAAGUUGACCUGCUGCCACACCAGAACAAAUCAAUUUGAAGAUUAUCUGCUUUUCUGAGAAUGCCACACUUAAGUGACUGCAGUUACUACACAAUGCGGGAUGCAACCAGAGCUUCAAAUGUACAGAGCCACCUGGAGAACUCCAAGUUCCAUCUCCACCAGAGCCAGAAUCAGCCCGUGAAGCAGUACCUGACGCUGGGCUCCAAGCUGGCCUCCUCGGCCGCAUCAGGCCACGCCGUGACACAUCCGCACACCCCUGGCCAGACACUCGCCACCGUGCCGAUCAUGAGGAACGGACACAUGCCCCCUGUCAGUGACAGCAGUAACCCCAACAGCCCUGUUACCCUGCUUACGAUGGCCAAUCAUGACAGUGAGUUUCCAAUGGAUGAAGUUAUUGAUGACCUAAUUAGUCUUGAAUCCGGUUUCAAUGAUGGAGGCUUGGAUUGCAUGGAGCCUAACAUCAUAAUGCAAAACAAUGUGUCUCUCAGCAGCAGCAUGUUGGACGUCUAUGGGGGUGAACAAGGUAUGAACGCCCCUAAUGGUGGACUGAGUCCUACAUCUAACCCUACAAAGCUCACUGUAAAAAGGGAAUACACAGAACUCGACACAAGGGUGAUGGCCAAAGAGAGGCAGAAAAAAGACAACCAUAAUUUGAUUGAAAGAAGGCGACGAUACAACAUCAACUACAGGAUUAAGGAGCUUGGAACACUCAUACCAAAAUCGAAUGAUCCCGACAUGCGGUGGAACAAAGGCACCAUCCUCAAGGCCUCGGUGGAGUACAUAAGAUGGCUGCAGAAGGAGCAGCAGCACGCCCGGGAGCUGGAAAGCCGUCAGAAGAAGCUGGAGCAAGCCAAUAGGAGGCUGCUCCUGAGGAUCCAGGAGCUUGAGAUUCAAGCACGAGCUCACGGGCUACCAAACAUGGCCACAGCCUUGGGGACGGUCGAACUUUCCUCCCACCUACUCAAACAACAACAACAACAACAACAGCAGCAGCAGCAACAGCAACAUCAGCAGCAGCAAUCAUCUCCCCAGGCCCAGCAACCUCAGCAGCCAACUCUCUACCAAGAGGACAUCAACAACGACUACCUCCAGAGGAUAGCUGCGGCAUCUGGCGUGCCAUCCACCGCCACCGUCAGCGGGCCGCAGGAUCACAUUAGUGGCACUGACGCCUGCACCACCUUCUCCGACCCGCUGUCCCAUUUCACAGACUUCUUCACCACCACGCUUAAGGAGGAACACCAGCUGGAUGAGAUCCUGAUGGAUGACCCGCUGUCGCCGUUUGGCACCGAUCCGCUCCUCUCGGCCGGCUCCCCCGGAGCUGCAUCCAAGGACAGCAGCCGCAGGAGCAGCUUCAGCUCUGCCGAGGGUGAUGACCUAUAAGGGUGCCCUCAGUCUCUUUAUCACCUAUAAUCCCUGUCGGUAAAGGGCAUCCACGUGGCCUUUAAAUGACUGAGCGAUGGCUCCGAGCAUACAUUUAAGACUCCUACUAGGGUUGCAAGUAAUUUAAACGACAGCUGACAGCACUCCUUUAAAGUGCCACCUGUGCAUUAAGCGUGUAGUCCUUGUCGAUCAGUUGAGUGUUGAAGCUACAGAACACUGACGUUCGCCAAAGCUGAGCGGGAACAGAAACAUCCUGUGAGCACACCACGGACCGGCUGCUCUUUUUUAACUUUACUACAGAACGUUUCAACUAUUCUCUGCCUCCCAGACACAGCUGAAAAAGACUUAUAAGAAAAAGGGAGACAAUUAUAAGUACAUAAUGUUAAUGACUACUGUUUUUUUAAACACACUGUGGUGGCCACACACUGUAACAUAUGCAAAAUAACCACUAAAAACAUACCAAAGGUGUUUCCUUUCAUGAAAGCAUUAAUUCUUUACAAAAGAUCAUGUUAAUACGUUGCAGAUGGUUGCAUUAUUUGAUGUGCCUUAUUUGACCAGUACUGACGUACUCACCCCAAUGCCUAACACGUCCUCAUCAGUGUCUUUGAAAUGUUUUUUGUUUGAAAUGU